AUGCUGUUCCUGCCACUGGAAGAGGACUCUAUAGUGUUCCGUUUGUGUCUCUAUUAUGGUGUUAUUGUGGUAAUACUAGAGCUCAUUAUACCUCUUCUCUUUCAUCGUCGAGUGCGCAUCAAGAUUCCGCAUAUGGCGUUACAUGCGCCUGGAGUUCCGCUAUCCUCUCAUGAGUUCCAACAGCGUCGAUUAGUACUGCAGCAACAGAUAACAGCACUGCAACGAGCUCUCGCUGAGACACCGGUUGAAUCACCACAGAAGAAGAAGCAAUGCUCAAGCGUGGAUACUACUAAGAAUGGACUAGUAGCUUCUCCUUUGCUCAAUGCCAACGUCAUCACUGAUGGUGACGAGACCGAGCUCCUCACGGAAGAGAAGCAAUGGAAGAAUUGCGAUAUCUCGAUCGCCUCUUGCUGCUGA